UGAAACCGGUCAUCUCCUUGUUUUGAAAAGCAAUAAGUUAAAAAUAAUAAAUUUUUUGUGUCCCUUAAAAUAAUAUUUGACUUGUUUCUUGCUAUUGAAAGUUUUUUUGAUAAUAGACACACGGUAGAAAUUCAAAGCCUAGAUAUUUACAAGACCAUUGAUUAAAACAGAAAUAAUUUUAUAAUUAUUACUAUGCUCCUCCUAUGUGGUUAGCAAUGUGGCCAUCAAGAAAAAUUAAACAUUUUUUAUGUAAAGAAUGGAUAAAGAGAUACAAGAGGAGCUAUUCUGAAUACCCUGAAACUAAUUUGAAAAAUCAUGGGCUAAAGUUAAAUAUUUAUGAAGUCGAGACAGAAGAUGGGUAUGUGCUGGAGAUACACCGACUGGUUGAGGCUAAUGGGAAAAAAGAUGAAAAUAAUAAAAAUAACCCCGUUGUUCUUUUACAACAUGGAAUGUGGGGAACAUCAAAAAAUUGGUUGAUCCAAAAACCAGAGGAAAGUAUUUGUCUCAAUUUGUUAAAACAAGGCUGUGAUAUUUGGUUGGGCAAUACUCGUGGAAACACAUAUUCUAGAAAACACAAACGAUGGAAUCAUGAUGAUAAAGACUACUGGGACUUCAGUUUUCAUGAAAUGGGCUACUACGACUUACCUGCUAUGAUUGAUUUUAUUUUAAAAAAUUCUCAUUCUGAUUCUCUUCAUUACAUUGGCCAUUCCCAAGGGAGUACAAUUAUGUUCGUAAUGCAAUGUACUAGACCUGAAUUUAAUGGAAAAAUUGCUUCAAUUACUGGUUUAGCACCAGUAGUUUAUUUAUAUCAUAUUAACAAAAAAUUGCUCAAAUUUGUUUCAUCUUCAUUUCCAAACCUAACGAAAAUUAUUGAAAACUUUGGAUAUUAUAAAUUUGGAAUACCACAGGAUAAAUUUGGAAAUAUUGAACAAAUUAUGGAAUCGAAUCAAUACAAACUGACGAAAGUUCUUGCUCCAGCAGUUGCUUAUAACAUGUCAACAUUUUUGUCGGAUUACGUAAAACAAAAUGUAACAUCACUUAUAUUAGGACAGUUAUAUGCUGGUGCUACAACAAAGCAAUUGUCUCAUUUUGGACAAUUUAUAAAGCAAGAUAAAUUUUGUCAGUUUGAUUAUGGUGUUAGAAAAAAUAUAGCAAAGUACGGCCAUGCAAAACCACCCGAGUAUUGCCUUAAUAACGUUUCUUCUCCUACAACGCUGUUUUAUAGUGAUGGUGAUUGGCUUACAAAUAGCAAGGAUAUAAACAAGUUGUGCAUGAUGUUACCAAAUUUAAGGGCUUGUAAGAAAAUACCGAUAAAAGAGUUUGAUCACAUGGAUUAUCUUUGGUCUGGAAUCUGUACAGAAUAUAUAUUGAAGGAAAUUUACCUGUACAUAAUAGAUCAUAAUAAAUAAAUCUUAUUUUCUGAACUAUA